UUUAACAAUAACAAUUAACUCCCCACAGUGCUGUUCAUUUUUUCCCUCAUAGCGUCUUUCGUCAUUGAAGAUUCUUGAUCUCAGCCAUUCUGAUUCCCUUGAUACCACUGACUUCUCAUUCUGCCCAAAUCUAGAGAAACUUAUUAUUGCAGAUUGUGUGAGCCUGAUUUAUGUCCAUGGAUCCAUUGGAAACCUUGAGAGACUUGUUUACUUGAGUAUGAAGGAUUGCAAAAAUCUUAAGAUGCUUCCAGAGAACAUAUGCAUGCUAAAAUUACUUGAAACACUUAUUAUAUCUGGUUGCACAAGUCUUAAUGAGUUCUCAAUUGAGAUGUUGAGGAACAUGGAAUCUCUGAAAGUGCUUCAUACAGAUGGAAUUCCAAUAGGUGAACUAAGGCCAGGAAGAAGUUCAUGUAUCUUGAGUUCUUUACCAUGCUCUUUAGUGGAUUUAAGUCUUCGAGGAUGCAAUCUUUCUAAUGAUGCCUUUCCUAGGGAAUUUAGUAAUCUAUCCUCAUUGCGAAGACUAAAUCUAGGGAACAAUCCAAUUUGUGUCCUACCAAAUUGCAUCAAAGAUUUAACGAGGCUUGAUGAACUUUCUUUUGCGGGAUGUAAGAAUCUCAAAUCGCUUCUUGGGUUACCAAAACUGGGCGAAUUGAUUGUGGGAAGUUGCGUAUCAUUGGAAACAAUAACAUAUCAAUGCUCUCGGUUCCGAAAUCACUCUACCGGAUUGCAUGACAAUCGCAACCUAGUUGAGUGGGAGUAUGAUGAGUACAAGCUAGAACCCAUUGGAAGUGUUGAUGCAAAAAUGAUCAACCUUUUGGGCUUGUCCAACUUGGAAUCCAUGGCACCCAUUCGGAUGUGCAAACGAAGUUGGAUGUCAAGAAAUUUUAGGAACCCUGAUUGGAGUCCCGUCCAGGGACUGUAUGAAAAAGAUAUAUUCAGCACAUUUUUUGCUGGGAAUGAGGUUCCAGGCCAGUUCAGCCAUAAAAGUUCAAAGUCCCCGAUAUCUUUUACUGUGCCUCUACUUGAUAAUCACAGAAUUCAAGGCUUGAAGGUCUUCGCUGUCUAUACAAAAUUGUACGCCAAUGAGUUCACUAAUCGUUCUGCUAAAGGUAUACCUGAGCUAAUAAUUACUAGUGUCAGUAAUAAGAGCAAGGGCCGGAAGUGGAUAUAUGGCCCAAUAUUCUACGGUAUUCCAGGUGAAGGAGAAGACAUGAUAUGGUUAAGCCACUGGAAGUUGGGGAGGCUGGUUCGCUUAGAUGGUGGCGAUCAAGUGGUUGUUUCUGUAAUUACGCAACCUUCUCUUCAAGUAAAGGAGUUUGGCAUUCAGCUUGUGCAGGUUUCCACAGAUUCUUAUUAUCCAUAUGUCAGGAUGAGUAAUCGAUGGUUUCCUCAAUAUAAGCCAGGAGUAGACUUGCUCUCCCCCAUCUGUGGACCAGCACAAAGUCUGAUUAGGUUGCUUGAUCUCCUUGGGGAUUCUGAUGAUGAAGAUACUAGAGAAGAAGAAGAGCAAAACGAUCUUCACCCAAUUGUAGCCAAUAACUCUGGUGGUCCUCGUGGCUGGAGGGUGCUCAUCACCGCCACUUGCUUCGUUCUCACACUUUCUCUUAUCACUCUCUCACAGAAAGAAGCCAGAGUCCAAAAGACGUGGAUGAAUUGUUUGUACGGGAACAGCCCGGUUGAGUUCCUUUCUACCUUCACAUAGAUUACCAUCAAACUCUUGUUUUGCAAUGUUCCUUAGAUUCUUAGUGCAAUUCAUUUCCAAAAUUAAUUUAUGACAAAGCUAUACUUAUCAAGAA